AUGAAUAAUAAUAAUAAUAAUAAUAAUAAUAAUAAUAAUAAUAAUAAGAUCGCCAAGUCCCAGUUGAAGUGUAGCUUAUCCACAAGGUACGUCCAAGAGACAGGAUGGAUAAGCUUGACGAAGAGGGCUGGUGACGCGUGGACGGCGAAUACUCUCAGCUGGGUGGCGAACCUUUACGCGGAUGCUGUGUCCAGAGUCCAGAUAAGAACUAACCUUUCCCGCGGCGCGACUCUGUGCUCAGUAUUCACGAGAGAGCGCCUGCCCUUUGAUAAGGGUGCUCGCGAAUUUGACCAAGGUGCCUACGCUGCUUUGCAGCGGCUGCUGCACCUGUUCCCAACAUACAACAUCGUCAGUAAUUUUAUACGCAUUACAUAUGGCCUUUUAGUUAUUAUUUUCCAUUGCUGA